GUCGAAACCCUCAUCGGACACGGACAGGCGGGUCAGUUGCGUGUACCAGGCCGAAAGUCUGACAUCAGUGAAAACUACAGCACAUGGGGAUGAAUUUCAAAGAGGCUUGGAAAGCUGUUUUGCGAUUACUUUUUCCGAAUUUUUGAGUUUGGUUGUUUUCUGUUUUAAACUUUGACCCUCACAGGAAGCAUGUGUACAAUCAAGAUUCGGCCAAGGCGCCGACGCUUGCACCAGCAGCAACGCCGGGUCCUGGUCAGGCCACGGAAGUCCUGUGACUUUUUGGGUCAGCCACUGCCGACGAUUUCCAGGUCUCCAACUGCUGGGCUCUUAGGGAUCGGUCUAGAUUGCGAUGUCACGGCGAUGUCCGGCUCGCAGCAUGCCGUCAGUAUGUUUUUGGUGUUGAGCUUUUGGCAUGUUUUGGCUUUUUGGUGUUCUAUUUUCCAGCUUUCCACCAUGCGUAUGCAGCGUACGCAAUGUGCACAGUGGAUGCUGUGGUACCGCCUGGUCCUGUUCGCCUGGACCGCGGUCCUCAUCGCCGGAGGCGCUGUCGCUUGGAAGUUCAUCUCGGAGCGCGGCUUUCAUCUUCCAGCGAUUCCAGGCAGCCAGUACGACAAAGAGGAGCAGUCGUACCUGGGUUUCUUCGGUGAUGGUGUGGAUGGGGCUCAGGCUGCGCUGGUGCUUGGCAGUGAUUCUCCAGUCAUGGCAAUGACCAACGUAUCUACCUGUCAGAUCAAACCAGCUCUGCAACAAGUUGGGAGCACUGGAAACACUUUCCAGUUGGAGUUGUCCUGUCAGAAUGAGUCUGCACCUGGCGGUGGAUGUAUCACAUCUUCACAACUCAGAAGUGAAGUGUACUCGCUGGUGAGCAUGUUCAUGUCCAACAUGAUGUCGCCAGAGAAUUUGUCUCACUUCCUCGAGCUACAGGUGGAACCAAUGCUGGAUGCUGCUCCGGAGAUGUUGGCUUGUCCACAUGUUGAGGACACCUUUCAAAAAAACCUGGCAGAAGCAUCUUUCCAAGUGGAAGAGUCUCUUCGCCAGAAAAUGCCGAACUGCGACUUAGCAGUUCUGUCUUUCUGGUCUCUGCCUCCUCAGCAGUUUCAGCGCAACUUGACCUUUGCAGAGUUCAAGUUUGAAGUCACGGUCACGCUCCCAGCAGGAAGCUUUUGGAAUGUUUUUCAAAAACUGCUCAGCUCCAAAAGCCAAGAACAAAUCAUGGUGGCAGUUCGUGCGCACACAUGCAACGGCUUGCCAGUUGCUGACUUCUCACAGGAGGCUCUUCAAGUGGCCAACAUUCUGAAGGAUGUUGCAGAGGCGGCAGAGGGCAUCGACGGUACCAACUUGAAAGCCGAAGUGAUGUCCUUCGCCAUCAUCGUGGAAAGUAUCAGAGAUGGGGUUGAAGUGGUGAUGGCCAUGUCAACAGGUCGGGCCUGGUAGGGAUUUUCAAUUUUCAUCAGAAAUGCGGCAGCCGAG